AUGCACAACUUUAUCAAAGGCCUCAUUGGUCCACGGAGACAGCGUGAGCCUUGCCCUGGUCACGGUGCCAGUGCCAGGUGCCGGUGUCAAUUGCCAGUGCCCAUGCCCAGUACCGGUGUCAAGUGCCAGUGCCCAGUGCCGGUGUCAAGUGCCAGUGCCCAAUGCCGGUGUCAAGUGCCAGUGCCCAAUGCCCAGUGUCGGUGUCAAGUGCCCAGUGCCCAGUGCCAGUGCCCAGUGUCAGUGCCCAGUGCCAGUGUCAAGUCCCAGUGCCCAGUGCCGGUGUCAAGUGCCAGUGCCCAAUGUCAGUGCCCAAUGCCGGUGUCAAGUCCCAGUGCCCAGUGCCGGUGUCAAGUGCCAGUGCCCAGUGCCAGUGCCCAGUGCCGGUGUCAAGUCCCAGUGCCCAGUGCCGGUGUCAAGUGCCAGUGCCCAAUGUCAGUGCCGGUGUCAAGUGCCAGCGCCCAGUGCCCAGUGCCCAGUGUCAGUGCCAAGUGCCGGUGUCAAGUGCCAGUGCCCAAUGCCGGUGCCGGUGCCAAGUGCCAGUGCCCAGUGCCAAGUGCCGGUGUCAAGUGCCAGUGCCCAAUGCCGGUGCCGGUGCCAAGUGCCAGCGCCCAGUGCUGGUGCCAGUGCCCAAUGCCAGUGCCCAGUGCCGGUGUCAAGUCCCAGUGCCAGUGCUCAGUGCCAGUGUCAGUGCCCUGUGCCCAGUGCCAGUGCCCAAUGUCAGGCAGUAGCGGUGCAAGUGCAGAAGAUGCAUCGACGCUUCUGUCCUCAACUUCCUCUCGGGUUGAUGGGAAUGAGACCGAGCUGCUCCCUCUGCUGGUCAAAGGAAGCGCAGUAACAGGGACCGGGCACCACAAAAGGCCGCUGCUCCCACGGCCACUGAGGGCGUUUGUGGCGAGGCGGGGGCGGGAGCGGGAGAAGGAGGUGCGGAUUUGGAGAGGCCGGGCCCAGGUCCCGAUCCCGAUGUCUCUGCCCGCGAUGUGCUGCCUCCUGUGCUGCCGGCGAGGCUUCCGUCUGCUGGGCCGGGACGACGGUGACGCUGAUAAAGGCGAGGAGUUGCUGGAAGUCAGGGCGGUGAGUGUUGUGUGCCUCUGCUCCUCAGGAUAUUGGAAGCUGACAGUGUAUGGGAGAAGACAUCACUACCAGCUGUACACAGACAGACCGAGUGAUUCCAUGCGAUGGACCCAAGCCAUCCAGGCCGCCAUUGACUGUAAAGCUCCCACUGAGACCCCAACAUUGGUGCUGAUCAGAGACAUUCAGGAGAAUGCCUCCAAUGCGGAGCUGGUGGAACAGAUUUACAAACGGAAUGGCAUUCUACGGCACAGCCAGCAGCCACUCUACGCUCCGCUCCUGCCCUUCCCCUACGAUGCUGCCUGCCACUGCCUCAAGAGUAUGAGAGGUUACACGACUCUUCAGGACGAGGCCCUCAAGGUCUUCAAUGCAUUGCAGCAGCUUGAGACGGGACGAGAUGCAGUCGCACUAAUGCAGGGCAUCCUGCAGACUGGCCUGGAUCUGCAGCCUCUCCGCGAUGAGAUGUUCUGCCAGCUGAUCAAACAGACAAACAGCCCCCCGCACCCGGCGAAUGCAGGCGACCUGCGGAACUGGCAGCUCCUCACCUGCAUGGUCAUCACCUUCUCCCCCAGCACCACCAUCCUCCCCUACCUGAGCUUCCACGUCAAGCGGUCCCAGCUGCAGUUCCCAGGGACCGAAGCCGAAAGAUACGCAGAGUUCAUCGCGGGGUCACUGGGCAAAGCCAGGGGCAGGUUAUUCGUGCCGUCCUCCCAGGAGAUCGGGCUCCUGAUGCAGCGGCAACAGAUGCCCUGUGUCAUCCACUACGCCGGCUCCAGGGUCAAGAUGACCGUCAGCUCCCACACCAUGGCCGGAGAGGUUAUGAGGAGUUUACUCGUGAGACUCGACCUACAGAAAAGUCGGAACCGCUUUGCUCUCUUUGCAGAGAAUGGGGGCGAGGACUGGCUGCUGGGAGAAGAUAUGGUCAUCGCUGACAUCAUAGCCAGAUUCUCUGUGUCUGUGGGUGAACCAGACUCUCAGUGGAGACUUUGCUUCAGAAUCCUCUGUAUCCUGGAUCCCGAUGCUCCCCAGAGCAACAUCGAGCUCAGCCUUGUCUUUGAGCAGGCCCACCGGAUGGUUGUUCGUGGCUACCUCCCUGCGUCCACUGACACAUUGCUCACACUGGCCACCCUGAGGCUCCAGGCCACAGCUGGCAGCUUCAGCCUCCAACCACUGCCCGCACUACACCAGAUGUUCCCAGUCAGCACUCUGCCCGCAGCACUCCGGCCGGAAGCCCGGGGCCCAGAGUGGAGCCGCCUGCUGCCUGCACUGUGGCCCCGGGGGCUGGGGUCCCGAUGGCCAAGGGCCCAGGGAUCGGGGCCGGGCCACAAACUGCAGCGGCAGCGAGAAGAGGAGGCGGCAUCGGCUCUGGCCAGCAUUGCCGAGCGCUGGCAGCGGCUGAGAGGCAUGAACCGCACGGACGCCAUCACCACCUACCUGGGCAUCGUGCGCCAGUGGGGAAGCUGCGGAGCCUCCAUCUUCCAAGUGAAGGCGACCACGAGUUGUGCUGGGUGCCCAGAGCCUCGGUGGCUAGCGAUCGGAACAAAGGGUGUGUGUCUGUAUAAACAGGGAGAGACCGAGUCCGUGGAGAGUUUUGAUUACCAGCAGAUGUCAGCGUUUGAAGCAAUGGAUACGAACACAUUCAAAAUUACUCUCUGUAAAAGGCACCUUUUGCUUGAAUCUUGUAAGGUCCAAGAGAUUGCUGAAGUAAUGAAGAUCUACAGUGCCAACCAGGUCAGAACCCGAACACGGACCCGAACCGGAGGUUAUCAGAUAAAACACACCUCGCCGGUGAGCUGGCUGGUCCGGCCCCACUACACACCUGACAAGGGCUUCAACACAGAGCGGACUGGUCCUUAGCAGGCACAGAAAACCAAAAGUACAAGAGAGAUAUUUUUGGCAAGAUUUUUGUCAAUUCUGAUUACUACUGCAUCAGUAGGCCUCCAUAUCUAUGCAGCAAGCCUUGCCUCAGAGUGCCUUAUUACCAACCAUUAUAUAUACCCACAGCUUCUGUGUGGGUCGCUGCAGGGGGUUGCCCUUUCAGGGAUAUCCACUGCAAAUGUCCAGGGCUCACUCAGGGUGACCUCGGAGUCUCCAUGUUCUGCAAUGCAACGUGCAAACAUUCAAAUCUCUCUGGAUCACAGUAAACAGAUGCUCGAAGAUUCAGGCAUGUCACAUGAUCUGACAUUCAGCACAACUUUUUAAAUGUGUUGUUCAAUUCUCGAAAGCACUAAUUCUCAGGUGUCCAACUAAUGCCCCUCAACUAUUGGACGACCAUGAACUGAAAUAGAAGCCUUGGGGAAGGGAAAUCACGGUUUAAUCCACAAACCAGUCCGGAUGGGAAGAUACAGUAGAAAUUCCCUCACCUACAUUGGUCACCAUGUGUGUCUGAUAUCUCAUCAGCAGAACAAAACCUGUAAACACCACAGUUACCAGCUCCAAACCUCUGCAAAGUAGUUAAGAGAUUAUAAAGGAAUUAGUGACACAAGAAAUCGCAGAUGCUGCAAUCGUGAGUAAAGAGAAAAAUGCUAGAGGAACUCAGUGUGUCAGGCUGCAUCUGUGGACAGAAUGGAGACAUUUUGGGUAGGGAGACUGCCUGACUCACUGAGUUCCUCCAGCACUUUUGUUUUAUUGUUUACAAAGGAAUUACUUUCUCUGACGGUCAAUUUUGGACAAGGUGAUGUGUUGCCAUUCAUAAUAAAUUGGGCUGAGGCUAGAUUGUCACUAGUGCCCUGCCAGAGAUAAGGAAAGGACUGGGAAUGUUUCUUCCUCUUCCGAGCGGAAGCAUUGUAACCCAGUGCAACAUUAACAACAAGCAAGCAGUUCAAGCAUCAGUGGU